AUGGAAGAAGCUGGAGAUAAGGAAGACCUGAUUCUUGUGGCUAGGAAACCCUACAAUUUCUAUCUCAAGUUUGAUCAGAUUCCUUUUACUUUGAACUUCAACCUCAUUCAUCCCGAUUCAGAUCAAAUUCCAUACGUGACAUACAACAAUGAGAAAGGUUGUGUGAUUGAGAGCUUAAGAAAAGAUGGAAUCGUUAAUUUGGACACUGAAAUGGGUUUAGAGUUUAGGGUAUUCACCAUUGCUAUGACUUCUUCGUGGCUGAAGGAUGCAAUCAUGUAUGAACUGUGGGUGAAUUCAGAUGGAAAUUCAGAACACAAGAUAUACUAUUGUGAUCUCCCUUGGCCAAUUGAAAAGCUUUUAUAUUUGAAGCAAGUCCGCCUUACAAAACAACUGCUCGGUUUGACUAAGGAAAACUGUUUUCAAAGAGAAGAGGAGGACAAUGAGCUUGGAUGCAGUUUUCCUCGGUCACACACUCUUUACUCUUCAUGUUUUACCCGGAGACAUCCAUUCUUGGUUGGAACUUAUUGGAACACUCGUACACUAUGCUGAGCAACUUAAGACCGAGUUCAUUGAUAAUGGUUCUUCGACUUCUUCUAUCCGGUCAGUUCAAAGGCGAGGAAUUCCUUCCUGUUGGAUUAUGUCUUCUUGAGAUGAUCUCAUUUGUAUAUUUUGAUUUGUCUUUGCUGGUUCUAACUUUCUUAAUAUUUGAAUGUAGGUUCAAGACCCAAAA